AUGACCGCUGCGCCACAGGUUUACGGAGCAGACGAGAUCAACGCCAUUGUGAUCGAUCCCGGAUCGUACCAGACGAAAAUUGGCUAUGCGGGCUACGACUCGCCCAGCAUGGUGCUUCCCUCGUAUUAUGGCCUGGUCGACACGGACGGCAACAAGAGACGCAUUUUCGACGAGACUUUGCUGUUAUUGCCGCAGAAAAGCCUCGAAAUCAAGCACAUUGUCGAAAACAACGCCGUGGUCGACUGGGAGGGCUUCGAGGCACAAUUGGGGUACAUGUUUGAGAAACUGGACAUUGAUCCUACUCAACAGCCUGUGCUGCUAACCGAGUCCACCAUGAGCUCUUACGAGAGCAAAGUCAACGCGCUGAAGCUGUUUUUGGAAAAACACAAGUUCCCUGCGUUCUACCUUGUGAAACAACCCACAACGGUGUCUUUUGCGCACGGCCGUCCCAACUGUCUCGUGGUGGACGUUGGCCAUGAUCUUGUCACUGUGACUCCCAUCGUGGACGGGUUGUGUCUGAAAAAUCAGGUCAUGGGCACGCGGUAUGCGGGGGCUUUUUUGAACCAGCAGUUUGAGCAGUUUCUACAAGACAAGAAGAUCGCGUUGCGGCCUCACUACAUGAUUAAAUCGAAAAAAAUAGUUCACUGGGAAUCUGAGACGACCACGGCGCAGUUUGAGGAGCGGAAGUACGAUUUCGAGGUGUCUGGGUCGUUCCUCGAAUACUCCAAGUUGAGGAUCCUUCAGGAGAUGAAGGAGACGCUACUAAACUGUAUGGACGAUGACAGCGAGGAGACCCAGGAGGCCAAGGAGGCCGACGACGAGGUGCGGUGGUUUGAGUUGCCUGACGGCAUUUCAGUUCCGUUUUCGAAAAAAGACCGCACCAUACUGAGCAACUCGCUUUUCAACAAGGACAAGCCGGAGGAGGACUCCGCCGAGGCCCAGAAGGGCUUUGGACUGCUGAAGCUGGUUCAGACCGUUCUGGACCGGCUGGAUAUCGAUCUGAAGCCACAACUGGCUAACAAUAUUGUCCUCGUGGGCAGCACGUCGCUCGUGCCGGGACUGAGCGCCAAACUGCACUCCGAGUUGUCGCUGGCCAAUCCUAGUCUCAAAAUUAGGAUCCACGCUUCUGGAAACACCAUAGAAAGAAGAUACGCCUCGUGGGUCGGGGGCAGUAUUUUGUCAUCGCUCGGGACGUUCCACCAACUGUGGGUCAGCAAAGGCGAGCUGGACGCGGUUGGGGCAGAAAGGCUAAUUGUCAAUAGAUUUAGAUGA